AUGUCGUCCAGUGGCACCCUCAGCAACUACUACGUGGACUCGCUCAUAGGCCAUGAGGGCGACGAAGUGUUCGCCACGCGCUACGGGCCACCAGGGCCUGGGACACAGGGCCGGCCCUCAGGUGUGGCCGAUGGCCCGACCGCCGCCGCCGAGUUCGCCUCGUGUAGUUUUGCCCCCAAAUCGACCGUGUUCUCCGCCUCGUGGUCCGCGGUGGCCGCCCAGCCCCCGGCGGCGGCGGCGACGAUGAGCGGCCUGUACCACCCGUACGUGUCCCCGCCACCCCUGGCCACCGCCGAGCCGGGUCGCUACGUGCGCUCCUGGAUGGAGCCUCUGCCCAGCUUCCCUGGAGGCGCGGGCGGUGGCGGUGGCGGUGGCAGUGGUGGCGGCGGUGGCGGAGGCCCGGGUUCCGUUCCCAGUCCUGGCGGCCCAGCCAACGGGCGCCACUACGGGAUUAAGCCUGAAACCGGAGCGGCCCCGGCCCCCGCUGUAGCCUCCACCUCCUCCUCCACCUCCUCGUCCUCCUCCUCCAAACGGACUGAGUGCUCCGCGGUCCGCGAGUCCCAGGGGAGCGGCGGCCCAGAAUUCCCGUGCAACUCGUUCCUGCGGGACAAGGCGGGGGCAGCGGCGGCGGCGGCGGCGGGAGGGAACGGGCCCGGGGUGGGUAUCGGGGCCGGGCCUGGGGCGGGAGGCUCGUCUGAGCCCUCAGCUUGCAGCGAUCACCCGAGCCCGGGCUGCCCGCUGAAGGAGGAGGAGAAGCAGCAGCCGCAGCCGCCGCAGCAGCAACUUGACCCAAACAACCCCGCAGCGAACUGGAUCCACGCUCGCUCCACCCGGAAAAAGCGCUGUCCUUACACCAAAUACCAGACGCUGGAGCUGGAGAAGGAAUUUCUCUUCAACAUGUACCUCACCCGGGACCGGCGCUAUGAGGUGGCCAGGAUUCUGAACCUUACAGAGAGACAAGUCAAAAUCUGGUUCCAGAACCGUAGGAUGAAAAUGAAGAAGAUGAGCAAGGAGAAAUGCCCCAAAGGAGACUGA